AUGGACCAUGCCUCCAUCCUCAACGAGGAGAUGGGCGGCUCAUAUGGCCGAGCCUUUAACCCAAACGAUCUGCCAAAGCAACUAGAACCUCCCGAAAUCAGAAGUGUUCGAAUUACUCAGGUUAUUUUUGAGAAGAUGGUUGGAUUGAUUAAGGAUGGAUAG